GAUCAUUACGGAAACCGGAAGGAGGACAGGGUUUUAUGGCGCAUGCGUCCCCGGAAGAAGGCCACGCGCUCUGCCCCUAACAACCACUCACGCGUCUAUAGCAACCGGCAUUACGACUCGCUCAUUAAAUGUUUGAUGGCAACUGAAUGAACAAAAAUGCCUUUGCUUGUUAAGGAUUACUCGUGGACUCAGACGCCGUCUUCAAUAUGCUUAACUAUUCCGCUAAAGGGAACAAACCCUAGGAAGGUGGAUGUGUUCGCCACAGACGAAUAUCUUAAGGUACAUUUUCCUCCUUUUCUGUUAGAAGUAUUUUUCUCGGAAGCUAUAGACGAUGACACAAGUGUCGCAAAGAUUGGAAAUGGAGUAGCGGUAUUGACGUUGCGCAAAAAGGAGGACAGGAUGUGGGAACAACUUACAAUAAACGACGCUGACAAAAAGAUAUUAAAAUCAAUCAGAGAGAGAGCUGUACUUAAAGCUCAGGAAAAGUCAGCAGCAGACUCAACAGCCAGGGCUGAGAAAAAACAGCAAGAAAACAAAUACACGCUGGAGAAGAUGAUGAAGAUAGAGGAGGAACAGAGGAACAACAUUGAGAAAUUAAAAGCUGAUGAACGUGAGAGGGCUACAGCAGAGCUGGAGGCCUGGAAACUCCAACAAAAGCGGGAGGCUGAAAAGGAAGACGCUCGCAGAAAUAGGCAAAAGCAAACACAAGAACAGAAGACGCAGCUAAACCAUACGUCCCAGUUAUCAUCUACGAAAAAUGCAGGCACCGUUAAAUACCAGCGAAAAGAUUCUGACAAGAAAAACCGGACACCCUUGCCUGCUCCAAGGUCCUCGUGCACUAUCAAAAUUCAGUUCACCCCACGAGUAUUUCCAACAGCCCUGCGAGAAUCCAGAGUACCAGAGGAAGAGGAAUGGCUUAAAAAGCAAGCUGACGUCAGGAGACAAACGAACACAGAUGUAUCAGAACUGAAUGACCUGAAGGAAGAUGAGCGGAACCCUGACUGGCUGAAAGAGAAGGGAAACAAAUUGUUUGUGACUGGUAACUACCUCGCUGCCGUCAAUGCCUAUAACCUUGCCAUACAGCUGAACAGGAAGAUUCCUGCACUAUAUUUAAACCGAGCUGCAUGCCACCUUAAAUUGAAAAACCUGCACAAAGCAAUAGAAGAUUCCUCUCAAGCGCUUGAUUUAUUGUUGCCGGCAGUUGCCGACAAUGCAGACGCCAGAAUGAAAGCCUAUGUGAGGCGGGGUACGGCUUUCUGUGAGCUGCAACUCUACGCUGAAGGUCUUCAAGAUUAUGAUGCGGCUCUCAAGAUAGACCCUUACAACCAAACUGUUCUGUCUGAUGCAGAAAAAAUCCGACAGUUCAUUCAAGGAAGUAUGCCUGACCAUUUGGACCCCGAGAAGAAAAUGUAGGCCAUACAGUUCACACAGGUGUCCUUUAAUAGCUUUAAUGUGAUACAUGAGUACUUGUGGCUCAAAAUAAUAAUGAGUUUAUUCUGCAUAUGUAAAACAUUCUACUGCCACUAUCUAUAUAUUUAAAAAAUAACUUUUCAUACAGAUAGCUGGUUAUCAGCAUAUUGAUUGCCAAUAAAGAUACCCAUAUCAUGUACCUUCUUAUUCA